AUGCUCCAGAGCCCGCUGAAAUACUUCACCGGCGGAUAUGGCUCGUACGCGACGGCCACCGUGCACAAGGGCGCCUUGUGCCAAGUCGUCGACUUGAUAGACUUCUUUUUCGUGGCGCAUCCGGCCAGCGGCCGGCGCGAGGGUGAGGAGCACAAGCGCGUCAUGUAUUUUUACACGCAGCCAGGCGCACCGCCCGAUUUGAAUCGACAAACUGAAGUCACCGGUUUCGCUGAAGCGAUCGUCAAUUUUAUGAACGAUUUUACAGAUGCGUCGUUGAUCCCAGAAGAGGAAUUCCCGUAUCGUGACGUAGUGACGGAGAAGACGGCCCAGGUCUAUGUACAGGUGGAAAACUGCGAGUUCUUGAUCGGCAUCGCAUUCGACAAGAAAUCGUGUAAAGAUUUUGAGUACACGAUAUUCAUGCCGACGUUGAGGGCAAUAUUACUGGAAGCUUAUCGGAUGUUCAAGCUUUUCUUUGGUCCGUUUGUCGAUUUCCGGAACAGCGACGAGCAGCUCUUCCGGCAGCGUCUUGAAUACUUCUUCGGACGCUACUUCUCCCAGCUCCGCCUCUUCAACAUGCCACUCCUCAACUAUUUCAUAGGCGUCGAUUUUCAGCCGCUGCCAGGCCCAAGCUUCCUCUGCAUCGACACGCUCAUCACUGAGACGAAAGAGGCGUUCCCGUGCGUGUCGAAGGCGCUGUUCCUCUACCAGGACAAGCUGUUGUAUUACACUGUAAAUAAGGCCGAUCUGCCCUGUUUAUAUAGGUACCUCACAGAAAAUCUACUCCCAAUGUCGUUGAGGGCCGAGCUGGAGCCGAACGCGACCAGAAGCCAAGGCGGAAAAUUCCUCACGGGCCCCACCGAUCUCCAGACUGAUGACCCCGUUCCGGCAGAAAAUUCCCCACCCACCGUCUUUCUUACGUCACAGGACGGUACCUCCUAUGAGGAGCACAAAUUGCUGGUUUAUCGCUCCCUGAACGCCACGGUGUGUCUUUUCAUUAAUGUGGAUGUGACGCGACAAAUGAUGCGGAAUAUCGACGGAUUUUUGGGGGCCGAGCUGAAGAAGUUGGCAAGUCAAAUCGGGGAAGCGAUCACGAGCGAGAUCAGUGAGCUCCGAGUCUCAGACUUCCACUUCCUCUACUUCAACCCCUCUUCCCUAUCCCUACGUACCUCCUUCAACCAGUCCCCCUUGAUCGGGAUGAGUUCGUUGGGGUUAAACCCAAGUGCCAGCCAGCUCCUCCCUCCCGUCCCGCAGCAAGUCUAUAGAAUCGUGUGCGAGACGUACGACCGGCUUUUGGAUUCGUCGGAAGACUUCGGGGAGUGUAUCGUCAAGGAUAGUGCGGAUUGGUGGAUUGUCAUCAAGAAGGUCAACGACCGGAUCCUCAUCAUCCUCCUCCCGCCCUCUGCCAACCUGCCCACGCUGCAAGACGCGUACACGCGUACCGCGAGUUGGACGCCAUAUGAAUUGGAGGCCGGUCACCUGCAGCAAGUGGGGCCGCCACCGGAUAGCACAAAAUAUGAAAAUGGACGUCGUCUUCAUACAGGUGUCCUCGGCGCAUGGCUGUAUGAGCGAUGGCCGCAGGAGGACCAAAUACUGCGGGAGUGGCGACAGCAGUUUUGUGCGCCCUGGAACCGUCGAGCCUUCUCGUGGCAGACGCAAGAUCUCAACGAGGCUGCUCUAGUGAUCAGUCCGAGUCGUGGCAAGGGGGCGUUGCCCCCCUUUGCCACGUCUACGCCAUCCCAAAUCGACCGUACUCUUUUCCCGAUAUUUCGAAGCCAGUCGCCGGCUUCUAUCGUGUGCUCGCUUCUUGCGCCUACGAUCGAUUGGAUGUACUGUAAGAUGCGCUGCGCUAUCACCGUCCUCCUCUGCACGUUCAGCUACGUUGCGGCGUUUGGAGGAAAUUCCCAUGGAAUACAAGGAAUGGGACAAGAAGAGACGUAUACUGAUGCUUCCGACACUGGACUCCCUCAAUGCGGCGUCCAGGGCAUUGCCCUCUUCCAGAAAGUGCUGUACCAGGGCGACGUACUUGGGCUGUGCCUGGACUUCACCUCCAAAUGCGUGGACCUGCCCACGGGCUGGGCCCGAAUGAUCGAGUCAGUCUACGUGGCCAGCGAGGCCGCCUGCUACAUGUUGUACACGUCGGAGAACUGCGAGGGCAUGGAGAUGAAAAUCAACCACCGGAAGGUGCGCGAACGCCGGACGGAGAACCUCUACGACAACAACCUGGCCCACCGCCACUCGUCGAUCCGCGUCUGCAACGAGUACGAGCGCACCCAUCAC